GUUUGAUUUGGUGUGGAUUAUUAUAGCAGGCAAAAUCUGCUUCUAUAGGUUUAUAUAGGUUUGGGUGCUGUUUGAAAUGGCAGGGGCAUCGGAGAAUGAAAGCCAGACUAUAGAACAGGGUGAAAGGAUCUACGAAAGUACGGAACUGAACGAGUUCGAAUUUUACGCUGACGAGUUCCAUCAACUAGCAAGCAUCAAACAUUGCACCAAAUAUCCCGGCCACGUCGACUUCAUACCCGUGGAGGACUUCAAUCUCCAACACUUGCCAGGACAUUUACAGGACCCGGACAUUGUCCAGUUAAUCAAGUGCUUGUCCAACUUGACCGUCAUGGUCAGAGCGAAAUCGGUCAGUCCCGAAAGACCGGAAUUUUAUCCGGAUACGGAUCUCCCGUAUCCGUUACACGUCAAACCCGGAAGAAAAAUGAACCGGCAGUUGAGAACCGGCACGGCGAGGGUGAGUCACCCUUUGUGGAAAUACGUGGAGGAGGAUGAUGUUCCUUGUCCGUGUGCGGCGUGCAAGGUGUCUUCAACACCGGUGAAGACGUGGUGUCAGAUACCUUUCGUCACAGCCACGCAUGUCAUCUUCGAUUCUCAUGAGUUGAAGGACACACAGGUAGUAAUCGAUUACAACUCGGCGCGGAGUAAUAAAAUCGUCCUUGACGUGUUCGAUGAUGGAGGGUUCAGCGUGUUCACCGAUCGCGCGGAUAUCAUCUGUUCAACUCACGAUGUAUCGUUAUACGACCGGUUACAAGCACAGAAAAAAGAAUACGAAAAUUUGCGUCAGAAACUGGCGAAGAAAUACAACGAAAAAGACAAAUCCACCAGCUUGGCUAUUAUGGUGUCGCAUCCCCAUGGCAACGCAAAACACGUGACCGUGGGGCAGUGGACGAACAGGUGCCAGGCAGGGCGCCACGGUGACGUCGGGUACACGUACAACACGCCCUCGUGCACGGGCUCCAGCGGCGCCCCCGUCUACAUCCUGGGCGAGGUCAACUGGCUGAGGAACCAGGUCCACAGCGGGGUCAGGUCUGAUGGGAACUUCGCAGGGGUCAAGUUUUUCACCUGGGACGGUGAGGGGAUGAGUCAGCUGUUUCUGUACUCCUAACU